AAUUAUAAACAAUUUACAACUUUACCUGCAUAUGAUAUAAAUGUCUUGUAGCUUACUAAUUCUAAGAAUCUAUCUACUUGUUUCUUCGGUUCACUAACUAAAGAGAGAGGAGAGAGAGAGAAAAAGUACAAUUUGAUAUAAUAAAUGAAGAAGACCGUAACAAGAAGUGUGUAGUCGUAUUGAUUAUAGAAUUAAAGAAACUCUGCAAUAUUUUUGCAGAGAGACAGAGACACAAAGAAAGAGAAAGAGAGAGAGCAUUUAGGGAGCAGGAAGUGGAGUGUUUGGUUACGUGAGCUGUUUUCUUUCUCUAUCUUUAACUCUCUUCACACCUCUCUCUCUUUCUCUUCUUCAUAUCUCUCUCUCUCUAUCUGUCACGUUAGUGUGAUGAAGCCAUGAAAAUGGAGUUGAUUUCAGUGGUUUUCUUCUUCUUCUUUUGCUCUGUUUUGAGUUCCUCUGGUUUGAACUCUGAUGGAUUGGUUUUGAUGAAGUUCAAAUCCUCUGUUCUUGUUGAUCCUCUGUCUUUAUUACAGACAUGGAACUACAAACACGAAACUCCAUGUUCUUGGAGAGGAAUCUCUUGUAACAACGAUUCUAAAGUCUUAACCUUGUCUCUUCCCAAUUCUCAACUUCUUGGUUCGAUUCCUUCUGAUUUGGGUUCUCUCUUAACACUUAAAAGUCUCGAUCUUUCCAACAAUUCCUUCAAUGGGCCAUUACCGGUUUCUUUCUUCAACGCUAGAGAGCUUCGUUUCCUCGAUCUCUCUAGUAACAUGAUCUCCGGCGAAAUCCCUUCCGCAAUUGGUGAUCUUCACAAUCUUCUAACCCUAAAUCUCUCUGAUAAUGCCUUGGCGGGAAAGUUACCUGCGAAUUUGGCGUCAUUGAGAAACCUAACGGUGGUUUCUUUGGAGAAUAAUUACUUUUCCGGCGAAAUUCCCGGCGGUUGGAGAGUUGUUGAGUUCUUAGACCUAUCGUCGAAUCUGAUCAAUGGCUCGCUACCACCUGAUUUUGGCGGGGAUAGUCUCCGGUACUUGAACGUCUCGUUUAAUCAAAUCUCCGGCGAAAUUCCACCGGAGAUUGGAGUCAAUUUCCCCCGAAACGUCACCGUUGAUCUCUCCUUCAACAACUUAACCGGUCCAAUACCAGAUUCUCCGGUUUUCUUUAACCAGGAAUCGAAUUUCUUUUCAGGAAACCCGGGUCUAUGCGGUGAACCAACCCGUAACCCGUGUCUUAUCCCUUCCUCGCCGUCAAUCGCCUCCAACGCCGACGUGCCGACGUCUACACCAGCAAUCGCCGCCAUACCGAACACAAUCGGUUCAAACCCGGUUACCGAUCCAAAAUCACAACAAACCGACCCAAAUGCCCGAACCGGGUUACGACCCGGAGUUAUAAUCGGAAUCGUAGUCGGGGAUAUCGCCGGAAUCGGAAUCCUCGCCGUAAUUUUCCUCUACAUCUACAGAUGCAAGAAGAACAAGAUUGUGGAUAAUAACAACGACAAGCAAAGAACAGAAACGGACACAAUUACGCUAUCACCAUUUACUUCUUCUUCUUCUUCACCAGAAGAAUCAAGAAGAUUCAAGAAAUGGUCGUGUCUACGAAAAGAUCCUGAAACGACGCCGUCUGAAGAAGAUAAUGAUGAAGACGAAGAAAGCGGUUACAAUGCAAAUCAACGGUCAGGAGAUAACAAGUUAGUGACCGUUGAUGGAGAGAAAGAGAUGGAGAUUGAGACUCUGCUUAAGGCUUCAGCUUAUAUUUUAGGAGCCACUGGUUCGAGUAUAAUGUAUAAAGCCGUUCUUGAAGACGGAAGGGUUUUCGCAGUUCGUCGGCUCGGUGAGAACGGUUUGAAUCAGCGCCGGUUUAAGGAUUUUGAGUCGCACAUUCGAGCCAUUGGCAAAUUGGUUCACCCGAAUUUGGUUAGACUUUGUGGGUUCUAUUGGGGUACCGACGAGAAAUUGGUCAUUUACGAUUUUGUCCCUAACGGCAGCCUCGUCAACCCCCGUUACCGAAAAGGAGGAGGCUCUUCUUCGCCGUAUCACCUACCAUGGGAAACUCGGCUCAAGAUAGCAAAGGGCAUUGCACGUGGGCUGUCUUAUCUCCACGAGAAGAAGCAUGUGCAUGGAAACUUGAAGCCUAGUAACAUACUUUUGGGCCAUGACAUGGAGCCCAAAAUAAGCGAUUUCGGACUCGAAAGGCUUCUCACAGGUGAAACGAGUUACAUCCGAGCUGGUGGAUCUUCUCGGAUUUUUAGUAGUAAGCGUUACACAACUUCAUCGCGAGAAUUCUCGUCUAUGGGGCCUACACCAAGCCCGAGUCCGAGCUCGGUGGGGCCGAUGUCACCCUACUGCGCACCAGAGUCUUUCCGGAGCCUAAAACCGAGUCCGAAAUGGGACGUUUACGGCUUUGGUGUGAUCCUUCUCGAGCUUCUCACGGGAAAGAUUGUGUCUGUUGAAGAGAUUGUGCUAGGAAAUGGACUGACGGUUGAGGACAGGCACCGCGCAGUGAGAAUGGCUGAUGUGGCUAUCCGCGGCGAGUUAGAUGGCAAACAAGAGUUUUUACUCGAUUGUUUCAAGUUAGGGUAUAGCUGUGCAUCUCCUGUGCCUCAAAAGAGGCCAACGAUGAAAGAAUCUUUGGCUGUUCUUGAAAGAUUCCAUCCUAACUCCUCUGUUAUUAAGUCUUCAUCGUUCCAUUACGGACAUUAAUAUCAGUUUGAUACAACUAGUUAGUCAAUUUGAUUUUAUUGCUAACUUGUUUCGUUGUAUAAAAAUUUGUAUUUCUUGUUUUUGUUUACGAAAUUUGAUUUCAUAACA